AUGGAGGGUUCAAAUGACAAUGAGAGUGAAUGUUUAGUACCUAUAGGGGUUCCUAAUGGGAGUCAACUAUUUGUACCUAAAUAUUUCAGAUUCAAGCCGAAGGAUGAUGAACUAAUUUCAGACUUUCUCCUUCGCAAAUCUAAGUCAUUGCCAUUGGAUGUAGAUGUGAUUGCUGAAGUUGAUAUAUACAAGUUCAAUCCAUGGGAACUUCCAAAAAUGACUCUUUAUGGUGAAAAAGAUUGGUACUUCUUCACCCGUAGGAAAGGAAAGCAGCCUAACAUGGUUAGGCGAAACCGUUUAGCCGGAAUAGGUUUUUGGAAGGCAACCGGACCCAAAAAGAAAAUUGGUCAUUCUAAGGUCCAAGGCAUAAAAAAGUCAUUGGCUUUUUUUACGGGAAAAGUUCCUAAUGCAACCAGAACCAACUGGUUGAUGCACGAGUACUCCCUUCUCGAUGUAGAUCGUGGUUCUACCGCGAAGGGUAGAAAGACUUCUAGGGUCAAUGAAUGGGUGAUUGUUCGUGUCUACCAAAGAAAUGACAAAAAAGUGACCCCCAUGUUUACGUUUGAAUCCCCCAAUCUUGGAUUGGUGGAUUCCGAAAUAGCCUUUGGUUCUCCUAUCCAACUGAUGGUUGAUGAAAUUGUACCUGAUAAUUUGGUUAAUGAAGUUGAUGUCGUUCCCGCAGUACUAGAAAACAUGAAUGAAUCGUUGGCGCUGCCCUUGGAACCUGGGUUGGUGGAUUCGGAAAUAGGCUUUGAUUUUCCUAUCGAAUCUGUAAUGGAAGAAAUUAUACCCUACGAUUUUGUUAGUGAUUUAUUUAAUUCGUUCCCCUUAAUGCCGGAAAACUUUGUAGAAUUUGUGUAUGCACCUUAA